CCGCUGGGAACCCGGCGGGCAGGAGGGGACGAGGGACCAGGCCCAGAAAGACGGUUUCCAAGGGCUCAGAGGAGCGUCUAGUGCCCCCCCCUAGAAACCGCCAUUGGCCGCUGCUGCUGGAGGCUCCGGUGAGGAUGACUGGGCUGGAGCUGCUCUGCCAGGUCUGUGCCCUCGCCCUCUUCGCCAGCGCCGCUGCCAGCGACCCCUCGGAGGAGCAGGAAGCCGUGCGUUACCUGCUGCAGUUCGGCUAUUUGCAGAAGCCGCUGGAGAGGCUGACGGACGAGUUCAGCGAGGCCGAGCUCACGGAGGCCAUGAGGUCUUUCCAGCUGGCCUCCGAGCUGCCCGCCACCGGCCUCCUGGACGCUGCCACCCUGGAGCAGAUGAGGCAGCCGCGCUGCGGGGUCGAGGACCCCUUCAACCAGAAAACCCUCAAAUACCUGCUCCUGGGCCGCUGGCGCAGGAAGAACCUGACCUACCGGAUCUACCGCUACACCCCCGACAUGGCGGCCAGCGCUACCCGCCAGGCCAUCCAGGCUGCCUUCAGGUACUGGAGCGACGUGGCGCCGCUCACCUUCCGGGAGGUGCGGCACGGCACGGCCGACAUCCGCAUCUCCUUCCACGGCACCUACUCCUGGACCUGCUCCCGCCCCUUCGACGGACCUGGGAAGGUGCUGGCUCACGCCGACGUCCCGGAGGAGGGCACGGUGCACUUCGACGAGGACGAGCUGUGGACGGAGGGGACGUACCGUGGCGUCAACCUGCGCAUCAUUGCGGCACACGAGAUCGGACACGCCCUGGGCCUGGGCCACUCCCGCUACCCCACGGCCCUCAUGGCCCCCGUCUACGGCGGCUACCGGCCCCACUUCCGCCUGCACUUCGAUGACAUCGACGGCAUCCGGGCCCUGUACGGCAAAAAGACUCCACCAGUGAUGCCGUCCGGGACCCUGCCGGGCCUGUCACCUACCUCCUCCAGCCUGCCGCCCACCAAGGUGCCCGACCCCUGCGCCGACGGCUUGGACGCCCUGAUGUUCGGCCCUUAUGAGCAGACCUACGCCUUCAGGGGGGGCUACGUCUGGACCGUGACGGAUUUCGGGACCGGCCCCCUGAAGGAGAUCCCGGCCCUGUGGAAGGGGCUCCCGGGGCGGCUGGACGCAGCCGUGCACUCCCCACGCACUGGCAGGAGCUACUUCUUCAAAGGUGACAAGGUCUGGCGGUACCGAGGCUUCGAGCUGGACCCCGGCUACCCCAAGGCCCUGACCCGGGUCCCGGCCAAGAUCGACGCCGCCUUCUACUGGCCGGGGAACAAGAAGAUUUUCCUCUUCAAGGGCACCGGCUACUGGCAGUGGGACGAGCUGGCCUGGAGCGACUUUGGCGGCUACCCCAGGAAGAUCUCCCAGCUGUUCACCGGGGUGCCCUCCCACCUGGACGCGGCCGUGGCCUGGGAGAACGGCCGGGUCUAUUUCUUCAAGGGGAGGCAGUACUGGCGGGUGAACGCGCAGCUGCGGGUGGAGAGGGGGUACCCGCUGAGCACGGCCGAGCGCUGGAUGCACUGUGAGGCCUAGCGCCCCCACGCAUGGGCCCGGACGCCUUGGGAUCGGGGAUUUGGGGUGGGGGUUAAUGGGCCAGAGGCGCCACCUGCAGGCAGCUGGUGGGAACGGCACUGGGA